UGUGAAGUGACCACACCUAGAAGAGACUACCUGACACUGAGGACAGGAAGAGACACAGAACUUCACAGGAGGACUCUCAGGGGGCACCGGGCAGAGGACACAAGAGGAUUCUUAGGGGCCACAUACAGGUGGACAGGAGGGCUCUCAGGGGCCACACACAGAGGAGGACCCCGUUGCCCCUCUUUGUAUCCCGGAGUUUCCUAAGCCCGGAGGAAGGACAUCAGGGGCCCCGGAUUGUUAGGGCCACAGCAGGGCUCCUUCCACCCCUAGAAGUCACCAUGAGGGGCUCCGAUUCUUCCGAUAUAAAGUACAACAACCGACCGCAGAGUCUCAAUGGCUUCGAAGAAAUGGUGGAAUUUCUUCCCGCCACCAACUCCAAGAAGGUGGAGAAGAUGGCACCAAAGACAAAGCUGCUGAUAGCGGGGUUGGUCGUUGGCGCCUUCCUCCUCUCCCUCACUGUUGGGCUCCUCGUCUGGCACUUCGCAUAUCGGAGUGCCCCCGUGCAAAAGGUCUAUUCUGGCUACUUGAGGGUGACAAAUUAUCCGUUCGUUGAGGCCUAUGAGAAUCCAUCCUCGCCAGAGUUCGCUGAUCUAUCCUCCAAAGUAGUUGAAAUGUUGCAGAAAACGUACCAAAGCAAUCGAGCGAUUGGUCCCCACUUUGUCCAAUGCAAUGUGACGGCGUUUAGUGAGGGCAGUGUCAUCAGCUACUACUGGUCUGAAUUUUCUGUGCCAAAAUAUCUGGAGGCUGAUCUGGAUGCGGCCAUGUCGGAGCUGAAAGUGCAAACUGUCACUCUUCGUCAGAGAAUCUCCCUGUCUGUGGAUUCCUUUGUAGCUUACCCUACCGAUCCUCUGAUGGCCAGAAAUUUCCGAAACAACAAAUGUACGUUUUUCCUGCACGCCACGCCGGGAUCUGUGACAAAAUUCUCUAGUCCUGGAUUCCCAGAUGCUUCUUAUCCACCCAAUUCUCGCUGCCAGUGGGAGCUGCGGGCUGACGCCGGUCACAUGAUCCUCCUUCAUUUCAAAACCUUCAAGAUGGAGAGCUGCAAAGUGUCCAAUGGAGAUUAUGUGAGCAUUUAUGACUCCCUGACUGCCGUGGAGCCACGAAUCAUGACAAAGCUAUGCGGCAGUUAUCCGCCCUCCUACAACCUCACCUUCAUCUCCUCGCAGAAUGUCAUGUUGGUAACGUUGGUGUCAGACGACAAAGAAAAACAUCCUGGAUUCAAGGCAGAAUUUAUCCAGAUCCAGAAAACUACACUCUGUGGAGGAACGAUUCGGGAUGCCAGUGGACAGAUCAGCACACCGUUCUUUCCUGCGCACUACCCACCCAACAGAGAGUGCGAGUGGGACAUCCAGGUUCCCGAAGGGCAAUUUGUGAAAAUUCGGUUUCAGCUGUUUUACCUGUACGAGCCUGGUGUGUCCAUCACCAGUUGCCCCAAAGACUAUGUGGAGGUCAAUAACCAGAGGUACUGUGGAGAACGAUCACCAUUUGUUGUUUCAAACAACAGCAGUAAAAUCACGGUUAAGUUCCGCUCUGACCAGUCCAACACAGACACCGGAUUCACAGCGCAGUACCUGUCCUAUGAGCCAAAGAACCCUUGCCCUGAUCAGUUCACAUGCAAGAGCGGCCGCUGUAUAGACAAGACUCGUAAGUGCGAUGGAUGGAAUGAUUGUGGGGACAACAGCGAUGAGGUGUCGUGUGCCUGCACUGACAAGCAGUUCCGCUGCAAAACCAGCCAGUACUGUAAACCUCGUUUCUUCGUCUGCGAUGGCGUGAACGACUGCGGCGAUAGCUCAGACGAGCAAGACUGCAAGUGUUCUGCCCAGUACUUGAAAUGCAGAAACGGAAAGUGCAUCCCAGAAGCACAAAAGUGCGACAACACCGACAACUGCGGAGAUGGUACAGACGAGUCGGAUUGCGGGUUAGCGCAGCCGACCAGCUGUACAACGUUCACAUAUAAGUGUAAGGACGGCCAAUGUAUUAACAAGCUGAACCCAGAAUGUGAUAGCGUGUCGGACUGCACUGACGGCUCUGAUGAAGCUUUGUGCCAGUGUGGGAAACGCCCUUACAGCAAGAAGACUAGGAUUGUAGGUGGUGUAAAUGCUGACAUUGGCGAGUUUCCGUGGCAGGUCAGCUUGCAGACGAAUAAGGAUGGACACGCGUGUGGAGCCUCUGUGGUCUCCCAAACCAUUUUGCUAUCCGCUGCUCACUGCUUCCAGGACACAUCAACACUACGAUAUUCGGACCCCAGUGUGUGGACAGCAUAUAUGGGUCUACAUGAUCAGUCCACAAAGACCAGCAGCAAUGAUGUUGUGAAACGCAAGAUAAAACGGAUUGUGGCUCACAGAAUGUUCAGUGACAUCACGUAUGACAAUGAUAUCGCCAUGCUGGAGCUGGAUAGUCCCAUCACCUUCACUGAUUUCAUACAACCAAUUUGUAUCCCUGAGAGCACGCAUGUUUUCCCAGUGGGCAAAUCUAUAUGGGUGACAGGCUGGGGUGCUCUAUCCGAAGGAGGUACUGGCGCCGCUGUACUACAGAAAGCUGAGAUACGAAUUAUCAAUCAGACAGAAUGUAAUAAAUUGCUGGAUGGCCAACUAACUCCUCGUAUGAUCUGUGCUGGGUACCUCAGUGGUGGAAUAGAUGCGUGUCAGGGUGACUCUGGCGGUCCACUGUCCAGCGUGGAGUUGAACGGGAAGAUUUAUCUGGCUGGGAUCGUAAGCUGGGGAGAUGGCUGUGCUCGCAGGAAUAAACCAGGCAUCUACACCAAGGUGACCGAAAUGAGGGACUGGAUCACGCAGAAUGCUAAAUUGUAACACUGUGAAAAUUUUUACCAAUCCUUUUUAUUUUUUUUUAAAAGACAGUUAUGGUUUGGAUUGUUUUUAGCAAGUUUUUUUUUUUUAGUUCUUUUUAUAUAAAUGUCACACACUCCAAUCGCACUGUGGUUCUGGACGGACUAUUUUAAAGCCACAGCGCCAUGAGUCUAACUGCAGUGGCAAGUGAGAAAUCCAGAACAACUAUUACUACGUCUUAUUGAUUCACCAUGUUGGAUGUACGGCGGCAUCGUGUGCCCAGCUGUCAGUGAUGAAUGGUUUUUAUCGAUUUGGGGGGGAAGAAUUUUGUCUCUGACAUUUUUUUGCUGCUGUUAUCUCAUUGGUGGACACUCAAUUCAUUCACACUCCAUUACAGAACUGAAGCCAGUCCUGAUUGGGACUGAUGAUUUUUAACAGGAUUUUAUGCAAUGGAACUGAAUUCUGAGAUAUUCAGAGGGCUUUUUUUUUUUUUUUUAAGAUGACAAUUCAGUUUUUUAAUGUUUGUUUCAAUGUAAAUAAUAAAUCUGUUUUUAAUAUUUUAGUGAAUAGUGUCACUUCUGGCCUUUUAAUAUCGAAUUGUUCUGGCCUCUUGUGCUCUGCCGUCACCCACGUUGUUUCCUUUUCUUUCUAUGUAAAAAUGUUCUUAGUAUAUAUUAAAACUAUAUAUAAGGCCCUA